GUGGUGCGGACGGCCUGCCCCGGGUCCUAGGACUGAGAGUUGGGAAGCGGCGCGUGGGAAGCGCUGUGUGGGCUCCUGUCGCGGGGCUUCGUGGUCUUAUCUGUUUUGCGAGGAUAAGGUGGGUCGGUUCCUCUGAUGGAUUGGCCAGGGCCAGGCCCAGGCCCAGUGCUCGGUUCUGAGAAUACAGCUGUGCACAGGGUCCACCUGUUCCCUGCCCUCUGGAACUUGAUAGAAUAAGAAAUGUAAACAGAAUUAACUGAGCUUUGGAAUGAAAUACUUCCUUUUCCUCACUGGAGAGACUAAUAGAGGCACCAGUGGUACAUGGUCUAUGGAAGAAAAAGAAUGGGUCAAAAGAAAUUUUUAAAAAUGUCCUUCAACCUAGCUUCUUUCAAAUGAAUUUAAAAGGAAUAGGAGAGUGCUGUUCCACCCAGAAUGGAAGUGUGUCCUUACUGUAAGAAGCCAUUUAAACGAUUAAAAUCCCAUUUGCCAUACUGUAAGAUGAUAGGACCAGCUGUGCCUGCUGUUUGUCAGUCCAAGCCGCCUACACUCCUACGUGCUAAAAAAAUCAAAGGGCCAAUCAGAGACUCAGUUAAAGCAAAAGAGAAAGGGUUAGGGACAGAUAGUAAGAAAAGAAAUCCUGAACUGAAAGGGGACAGAUCAGAACAACAGACAGUUAACUCCUCCCCACGACUAGCUGUUGGUUUGGGAAAAACAAGUAAUACAAAGGCUGAUAAAGACUUCAAGAAUCAAAUUCAACCCUCCCUCAAAAUGCUAAAAAAUACUGAACCGAAGAUUACUUUCAAGGGAGAAACUACAGCUCAGUUUUCUGCAUCAGAAAACACCACUCCUAAAAAAGAGCUUGCCGAAGAUUUGUCUAAGUCAGGGGAAGGUAGAAAUAACCCUGCAGAAACUGAAGCUUCUUUAGCUCUUGGCCCAAUGGAACCUUCUCUGUCAAAUCAAGAUAGGAAAUAUUCUUCGGCCUUCCCUAAUGAUGUACAAGCCACUUCUGCUGAUUUAAGAUUGGACAGAGUGGAUGCCCCAAGACAGAACCUUCUCAUAAAAUUACUAGAUAUGCCUCUGGGUGAUGAUCACAGUUCUCCCACGAAUCUCAAUUACGGGGUUAAAAGGGUAAGUACAUCAUCAAGCAGUGCGAGAGAUUCCAGGGCCAGGGAUCACCUCUUGGGAGUCUCUGCUAGAGACUCUGGGACUUGGGAAAAAAACACAGAAUCACAAAUUGCAGCUUUUAAAGUUAGCCCGUUAGGUAAAAUCCAGGUCAAGGAGAACCAGGGAAAAGGACUUGACCUUGGAGCAGAGGCAUGUGGGAGCCAAGGAAAUGCAGAGAAAAGUGCAUUUGCAACAGAAAUGCAUGAAUGGGCUGCCAAGAGCAAUGAUUUAGUCAUGGAGAUGAAAUCUCGAGGUGAAGGCCCCAAUUUAGAGUUGCUCACGCCAACGAGGACAAAUUGUAGUGAGCUUCUCUCUGUAUCACAGUCACGUAAUCAAAGUCUUGCUUCUCUGGCUAUGAAAUUUCUCCAAGAAGAGAAGGCAGAAGCCUUCAGCCGUAAUCAAGUCCCUGCUAUGAAGGCAUUGACGAAGAGUGAGGAACAAGCCUCUCUGACACCCAAGUCGGGCUGUUGGCCGCUAGCAUCGCACCCCAGGGGCCAGCAUUCUGCACAUUCAACCCAUCAUCACAGUUCUAAAAGCCCCUUCACAGGCCAUAUGGGUGCCACCGACAGAAAGACCCUGUCCAGCUCCCUGGGGCUGGAGUGGUUUCCAGAGCUCUAUCCGGGUUAUCUUGGGCUCGGGGUGUUGCCGGGGAAGCCUCAGCAUUGGGGCACAUUGGCCCAGAAGCCUGCGCUCAUCAGUAUCCAGGAGCAAAGCUGCUCACAAGUUCCUUUGUUGGAAAGAAGUUCGAUGGCGGUAAGAAGUUCGGAAGCCCCGGCCAGGCUCACAACCUCCAGCUUCUCUCUAAGGAGGCUCUUGGGAGCUGUCCAAACAGGCUGGAUCAGGUGUCGGACCACCGUGAAGAGCAGAGGAGUUGGUGGCAUCAUGGUGCUCUUCACAGGGUGCUUCGUCCUGUGUUGUAGCUGGAGCUUCAAGCAACUGAAAAGCGUGCCAAGCCCUGCCCCAGAUGGACAGGACGCCUCACGGGCUCCUGUGUUGGAGGGAUGAAGAGGACUGGGGAUCUCCGCUUUGAAGCAUUGGUUAGGACACGCGUUUCAGGAGGAGAGGCCUUUCUGGAUUCAGUACCUAAGCGCCUGAGUGUUGCCCCCUCAGC